AUGGAAGAAAAGGGGCUGCCAAUAACGGUGUGUAGGGAAGGGGGCGGAGAAGAAAAUACAUCAAACGUUGGUAAAUGGGACAUGACGACGACCUUCCAUUCGGUGGAUUUCCCCCAUCACACGCAUUGGCAUGCCAAACAUCGUGGAGAAUGUACAACAAUAAGAUACACGUGUGGGCUCUCACAUAGGGGUUCCUUCCAAAAAAGAAAGGUAGACAAUUUGGGAAUGUUCCCCGGAAGUUUUAGCGGAAAGGAAGGGGGAAAAGAAAAGCAGGGGGGAAAGAAGGCAGAUAAGGAAAAGGCAGAUAAGGAAAAGGCAGAUAAGGAACAGGCAGAUAAGGAAAAGGCAGAUAAGGAACAGGCAGAUAAGGAAAAGGCAGAUAAGGAACAGGCAGAUAAGGAACAGGCAGAUAAGGCAGAGGCAGAUAAGGAAGAGGCAGAUAAGGCAGAGGCAGAUACGACGAACUGGCGCAAAAAGCGAAAUGCGGCAGUGAAGCCCUUGGGGGGGCUAUUCCAAUCGAGGCGCGGUCGGCAGCACAAGAGGAAGCGCAAGCGGGCGCAGAAUCACACGUGCACUCUCAUGUACUCAUGCACGAGUGUGUGGGGGUGA